AUGGACGGCAAAAGGACAAUUCAGUUUGUUAUGCUCUCAGGUAAGACAAUCUAUUUUGUAACAACCAGACGUGUCAAAGGAUGUCGAAACCUUAGCUUUUUGGCACAAUCAACCCCCCGCUCGAUAUGUUUACAAAUAUCCAAUAUAAGGGUGUUUAAUCUUCUAAUUACAUAGUGUCUCUAAAUCGUGGACUUGAAACACUGUGUUGAUUACAGGUGAAUUGCUUUGAAUCCAAAUCGUUCGUUUUUCCUUCCAACGUUGCUUAGAUAAAAAGCGCCACAAAGGGGAACAAAACAGCCCAAAACAACUUAAUAAAUGGUUGGUAAUUAUGCCGAGGUUAAUAACAAUCUUCCCGCAAAGUUGUCUCUCUUGACAACACAAGCUUGGGAUGCAUAAUUUGACAAAGCAGAUCUUUGACUUUAGAAGAUAAAGGCAUUAUGCCUUGUAGUUUGUUUCAAUUUAAUCCUCACUGUUUAGGCGACAAAAAAUACCUUUGAUGUGUGCUCGUAAGUUAAUAAUUACCAGAAUUGGGUGCAUAUGCACGAGAUUAGCAGAAUGCAAUUAAGAAGGGUACAUUGUGGAACAGGAUAUGAAAUAACUUAAUUGUCCAUCACAAUCAGAGGUCACCGACGAAACUUGUAGUAUCUUAAUAACACUGAUUUGAGUUAGUUAGUUAGUUAAGCUCAAGGUGUCUACAAAAGAAAUUCGCGUUUUUAAGCCACUGUACUGUGUUGAUCACAAUCGCAUAAUACUCAGUUCUAGUAUAUAUUAAUCGUUUUAGAUAAUAAAUCGCAUGAAUAAUUAGCAAUCAGACUACUUCACCCGUGACGCGAAAUUAACUUAUAAUUAUGUGAAUAAAACGCUACAAUUCAACCAUCUUCGUUUUCAAUUAAUGACAUUUUUCGUAAACCUAAUAAGUCAAAAACAGUUUUAUGUAUUAGUUAUUAUUAUUAUUAUUAUUAUCAUUAUUUUCAUCUAUUCUGUUUUUUUGUUGUCGUUAUUUCCUGUGCUUGGAUGAGGGAUUUCUCUAAGGCAAGUGUCAGGAUAAAAAUUUUGGCUCUUCUCUAAGACAAGUUCUCCUUAAAUAUCAAGGAAAAGUCCCCCUUCGGUAUUUAGUCGCUAUCCUUUCGUCUAAAACCCACAGAAGACAUAUUGACUUAGGUAGCGGGUUAUUUGUAGCGGCGGCCUUCCUGUGUGUCCUUAUCACAUGAAAGUGUAAACAUGAUUCUGAUCUUUCUUUUACUAUACCUCUUUUAAAUGCCUGUUUCUGUUUUGUUUUCUUUUUAAUAGGAGUCUUGCUUUUGAAUGCUUUGGCACAACAAACCGGUAGGUAACCUUCCGGUUGUUUAGGGAGACUCGCUCGUUAAGGCCGUGCGGUAGCCAGUUCUCGGCCGAGGAUGCCCGUAAAAAACGCAAAAGGGUUGAGAGAUGAAGCCGUCCACACUAUUAAGCGUAGACUAGGAUGUCUUCUUCUUCAUCGAACGCGAUAGUCAUAACACUGGUGCUUGUCAAAACACCUUGCAUUCAGACCGCAGGCGCAAUCCGACUUUCUUUCCACCCUUUUGUUAGCGAAACAAACGGAGUCCUCUGGCAAAGGGACUAACUCAAAAAGAACUGAAUGGCCACCUGUUUUAGUGUUUAGUAUCACAAAAGUUAGAAAAACUUUGUACUCUGACUUAUACGGAAAGGAUUAUAAACAGGGCAGGGCCGAAACAGCGCAGGGCCGAAAAGGGUAACGUUGCACAGCAUAAUUAAGCGUCUAGAUCUGUACCACGGAAAAGCUCACAAGCUGUCAUUUGAACGGUUUCAUCAUAGGUUUUUACUCAUAGACUAAAAAGGUUAGACCCCGCCGGUUAGACCGAGCUUGUACAGGGUGAUGAACAUCACCACAGGAAAGUAGUUGUCAGUAGCUUGGUCACGCUUCAUCCACAGACCAAACGUAAAACCAGAAUACAAAAUCCUCAAUGGCUAUUGCUUUCAGUUAACACAAGUGAAGGUACAAAAAAAAAUAUUAAAGUUCAUUUUCAGUUCGUUUAGUGGGAGGACCAAAUGCAAGAGAAGGCCGAGUUGAAGCUUUCUUCUCUGGGGUCUGGAGCUUAGUCUGUGGUACAGGAUGGGAUAUCUCCGAUGCCGAAGUUGUUUGUCAGUCCCUGGGAUAUGCAGGAGCCUCUGCAUACAGUGUAAAUCUCACCAUUGUCAAUCAAGCAAACAAUACCGUGUGGCUAAGUGGAGUGCGAUGCAUCGGAAACGAGACCUCUCUUUCUGAGUGUGCCCAUGAUGGAUGGGGAGAAAACAGUUGUGCCGAAAAUCGAGCUGCAGGUGUCACGUGUUUUGAUCAAGGUUGGUUAAUAAUGAUAAACAAUAAUCAGAACUGCAAUGCGGGUCUUAUCAUAUUAGGGCAGGGGCGGAUUCAGGAUAAACCACAUUGUUUUUUUUUUGGCAGAAUACCAGUUGUAUUAGAGAACCGCAGGUCAUCUCAGGGGUGGGGGGGGGGUGCGCACCCCCUGCCCCCUCCCCCUAGAUCCGCCCCUGUAGGGCAAACUUAAGCCAGUCGGCUUUCUAUUAAAGGACACUUCGGUAAAACAGACAUUUAAAAUGGGCCCUGCCUUUCCUUUUUUUCUGAUUUCUCAAAAUAAUCAACGCAUGAUGGUUUCAACUGAGAACUUAAUAACGGCCAAGUUAACUGCUUCGUUGUCGUCCACUAAGUGUAGAUAAAAAGGCAACACUGAAGUGCUCAGCCUUUGAUAUGGAAGUGAUUUUUCAUUCUCAUGCAAUUAAAACUCAUUUUCACAAGAAAGGUUGUGCACUUGGCCUCAUUUUGAAAGUGAGGGUUUUUGGAACUCGGAAGUGGCCCAUUGAAAGCCGGGAAUGUUCAAAUGUUAUAAAACAUGACGAAGUAGUGAAAAGUGGACGUUAUUCAGUUAGUAUAUGGUAACUACGUGGUAGUACGGAUAUUGAAGAACGUUAAUUUAGCAUUACGAACUUUAAAUUUUUUCCAUCAAUAAAUAUACGUACUGCUUCUACAAAUUGUCCUUUGGUGUUUUCUUCUGGUCACCACUAAUUAAGGGGUACUAUUUAUUUUCUUGUGUUUUCACUUGUAUUUUUUAGCAAGACCACAAUUAAUUUCAAGUGGCCUGGACACCAUCACGAUAAAAUUUCAACCAGUCCGCGUUACAGAUAUUUCAUAUACAGUGCAAAUAUGGUCAAACACUACUGCAACAUGGCGUGACACAAGAUGCAUUCAAAGCACAGUUAAAAACACUUGUGUUGUGACAAACCUGAGUAGGAUUGUCACUCUGACUGGUUUGAGUCCUGGGCAUGCGUACUUCGUCAGACUUGCUUCUUCGUCUCAAGGGUUUAGUCAAGUGUCCGAGCCCAUAGAAACCAAGAAAUUAGGUAAGAGCCUGACCCUAACAUUUUCUUUCAGUGCUAACGUGAUAAUUCCAACUGAAAAAUUCUUUAUUUUAUUCUAUGUUCAAGGUUUCCCUCUCCAACUCGAAAUCGUUUCUAGUUCAAGUAAUUCCGUUUCCUUAAAAUGGGUGUCAGCCAACUCGGUAAUCUCUAAUUACACCGUGGAAGUAAAAUGCUGCGAGGAAACCACAUGGACAAAAGCGUACUGUUCAGAAAGUCUGAUUGGUCGAGACUGCACUUUAAGCGAUACAACGGCCACAGUGAUUGGUCUUAAGCCAAACGAAAAGUAUUAUUUCAGAGUCUAUGCUUUGUAUAAGAACUUCAAGAGCGCGGUGAGUAUGUCAAGUGGAGCAGUCAGGACCAAGCCAGAAGGCAAAAGUAAGUCAAUAUUUUGUUAAUACGUUUGUCAGCCUUUCGGUCAAACUUCAGCUAAAAUAGAAAAUUCAAUCAAUUCAAAAUCCUCAAUGGUUAACACUUUCAGUUAACACAAGUGAAAAGUGCAAUUAAAAUUCAAUUUGAGUUCGUUUAGUGGAAGGACCAGUUGCAAGAGAGGGCCGAGUUGCAGUUUCUUCUCUGGGGUCUGGAGCUUAGUGUACAGUGCAGGAUGGUCAAUAUUUUGUUUGAGCCUUUCGGUCAAACUUCAGCUGAAAUCAAUAGCAUCAAAAACGCACCAUCUACAGUUUGAUAGCAUUGCUGAAAUAAUUGACAAUAAUACUCUUUUUUUCUGCCUGUCAAGAUGAGUUAAUACGGACGUUAAUUUUUCUAGUAACCUUAGACUGCUUGCCUUUUCUAGCUUCGCCGCUCGCGAGCAUGGGUUACGUGUGAAGUAGCCUUGCAACGCAAAAUACGAGACUGCUCGUAGUGUAGUUGUUAUGGUCAUGCAAACGAAAGAAAAUUUGCGAAAAUAAUGAGAAAAGUGAAGAUAUCAUUUCGCUAACCGUUUGCUGUAAAGGAUUCCUUUAAACUAUCCAAUCAGAUUAUUGUGGGUUUGCAGGUGAGGUCACGGAAGCCAUGUUGUUGGUCUCUCCUCUGGGAACUAAAACCCAUUUUCAUGUAAAUACUUGGAAAAGAAUCUUACUGUAUUGACUACCAUGGCAUGGCCGCCUUGUCACGUGGUUGCAAACCAAUAAUAUUCCUGAUAAUGGCAAUUUUGAGGUAGCGAGUGAGACUGGGUGUGUGUUGUGUCGAAUUGCACUGUGGGACUGGUUUCGGGAACAAACUUGGACCCAGUAUCCUGCGCAACCUCAUUUUUGCCAACAAAAGAAAUGAUGGCGUGACAAACAAUCCCAUAAUGCAAUUCUACACUACACUGACCCAGUCCUCAGCGCCUGUUUAAAACAACCAGUUACAGAGUAUGUGCAAUACUUGAAAACAGAUUUAGAGGACUCAGGUGCUAGGGGAACAGUUUAUAGGCUGAAACUUAGCGGGUAGUAUAACAUUCGUUAGAAACAGUAUACAAAAAACAAAAACAAAAGUCUGCAACUCGGCCUCGAGUUCUAAACUGGGAUUAAACAUCCCAGCUAGUUAAACAUUGCAUGGAAAAAAAAAACAAAAACAAAAAGACAAAAAAGUCAAAUCUUCUUGUUUAAUAUUUUAGAUUUUACAACCUAUCAAAUUUGGAUGAGUUCUCAAAAUCCCGGAUGUAUAACGUCACAGACCGGCCAUACUAUAACACUGUUUUGUCACGCGUCCGACGGCGAAAUUACUGUUUUCAAAUGGACAAAAGGUGGAAGAGUAGUUUCCAAUGGGAGCACCAGUGGCGUUCUAAAUGUACCUAUUUCCUCAUCGGAUGAUUUUGGGGUGUACACUUGUCACGCAAUGAAUAAACAUGGUGUCACAAGCUACAACAUAACAGUUUGUCAGAAUACAGAUCACGUGGGAGUAGCGGCCCCGGAAGGUAUCAGUUCCUUAAAUUAUCUUUAACUGGUAUACGAAAAGUCGCGCGAUCAAGUAAGCUGCUUUGCCGCGUGAAAAUGUUUCUUCCGUUCAAUAAUAUACUUAACUGUAUUUAUCCAAGGCCACUAAUAUGAAAGGGAUGAUGUACGCACGGACUGACGAUUUUUUUACAACCAAAAUUUCUUGGAUGCAUAGAUGACCAAAUUUUCUACCCAUAGUGAUCCACUGAGCGCGCGCUUCGGGCGCGCGUGCCGCCCUUACCGAGGGCAGCCGGGUUAAUAACAAGGUUUCGAGUCUUUUCACGCUGGUAGCUUAACCUCAUUAACUAAAUUUCAUAGGUUUUGUCAACAUUUUCUCUUUUUUUCAGCUUGCAAUGUGGAAGGCAAUAAUUUAUUUAACUAGCGAGUCCAUUUUCUUAAGAUGUUUCACCUGAUGUUGGAGACUAAAAUUUAUCUUGCACCCUGAACAACUAGACUUAGAACAACCUUUUAUGAUUAUUCCCCCAGUCCCGGGGGGGAUACUCCUGGGAAUUCCUGGUGAGGGUGUGCAGCCCGGUUCUUUAAACCCUGACCCUAUUUCAGACAAAAAAUGUCAUUUUCCGGACCCGUUUUCAGACUAGACCUCUAAAAUCCACACCCGUUUUCAGACCUGGCCUUUAAGCAGAAAUUACGUUAGCAUCAAUUACUUAGAUUAGAGCUCAAAAAAAAAAAAAAAACAAUUCCUCAAAUUCGUUUGAAUUCGCAUAUUUCUCUUUCUUGCUUACUCAUUUGGAAUUGAAACGAUAAAUACGUUCAUACACUCCCGUUGUUCCCUUGAAAACCAUACCCGUUUUCAGACCAAAACGGCGCAAAAACCCUACCGGAUGGGGCGGCACAUACCUAUAUAGCUUAUAUAAGGGAAUACCCCCCGGGCCCCCAGUAUAUAUGGGCAUAUAACCCAGCUCUCCUUUUUUUCACAACUUUAGUAUAUAUCAGAUCAGAACGCAACGUUUUUAACAGAAUACUAGUACACUGUAAAUGCGAUUUACUUUAUAGCUGUUGUGAGAACUAACAUUCUCUCUAACUUUCUCGACAGAUUACAACCAUGUAGCUAUCGCUGUCAUUACAACUUGCUUUGUCUGUUUUGCAAUAUUCAUCGUCGUGUUGAUUCUUCUGAAAAUGGCUCGGAUCCGCCAUCGACGAAGGAAACAAUCUCUGGACGCAGCAACUAACAGAGAAGAGAUAGCUAUGCUGCAUUACAGACAAAAAAUAUCCAGAAGCGGUAACAAUAACGAGGACGACAUGGAGUAA